AUAAUAUAGUGUCUACAUUCUACAACUCGUAUUAUACUUUAACUUUAUGUUUAUACCUUCUCGUCGUGUGUUGAUGUUAUUAGUGUUAUUAAUAUUUACUUAUUUAUUACCUAUUGCCUAUUGUGUCCUUCGCAAAUCCGUUGUAUAUUAAGUUCAAAAGUUGAUGAUUUUUAAAAGAUUAACAACAUUUUCAAGUCCACGAUUUAUCAAGUUAAUUAUACGCACAAUGUCAUCUUCAGCAUUAGAGAAAAUUCCAGACGUAGACAUUGAUGACAAAGGCCGUUAUAAAUACAUUUUGAUUAAAGUUACAGAUCAAAAUGAUUCUUCCAAUCAUUCAAAAUAUGUUGUGCGGGGUGGUCAAAGAUUUGACUUUCAUGGUCCUUUUUUCGUUUGAUUUCUGAAGUCUCGGAGUGACAUAUCCAAACUCAUACCUCACAUACCCAGUUUUACGGUGUUAUGGUUACAUUGAUUUACUCAGAAAACUAGUUCUACUAAAAAACAUUGCAAAUGAAAGAACAGGCCAUUAUUUUAUAAGUGCGUGUAAAAAUCUUUUUUAUUUAAACACAAUUAUGUAAUAUGAUAUAUAGACAAGUUUAUUGUAUAAAUAUUAAAAGGUCUAGUCUCUUCAGUACAUGUACCAUUGAAACAGUAUAAAAUAGUUUUAAAAUUGAAAGAUUUAUUAGUUUCAUUUUUAUCUAUU